UGGUUUUAGCUCUCCACCUGCUGUUUUGCUUUCAAAGGUCAAUUUUCUUUUCUUUUUUAACCUUCCUCUUCACCCCCUCCUUCUUACAUGUGUCCUGUGAACUUUGUCCCCACUCCCUCAGUCCCCAACACCGACCAAAGUGCAAUUUAAAAACAAUAAAUGAACGUGAGGGGAUGUCACAGUUGCAUGCAGAGCUGCAGAGUCAACAGAUCACCUCUCAAAGCAGUCAAAGAAGAGUAGAGAAAACAUAAGAGAAAAGUUGUGUGGUGUAUUUAUGUUCAUAUUUCUGAUGUUACAGCCAAACAGAGUUUUAGGACACAGCGUAAGUCACUUGGACCAUUUUGUAAAAAAUAUAGGAAUUACAAACUUCAAUAUUGAAGCAUGCAGUUAUAAAUGUCAAAAUAAAGGCACAAACCAAUAUUAGAUUGUCUGAGCAAAAACAUGACUUGAUCUAUCCUACGCGCCACUAGGGAGCGCUGUCGUGUCAUGUUUACAUCUGAACGGCCCAGUUUCAGGACGUGUCCCUAUACCAAAGUUACUAAAGUUAGUGGCUGUUGAGUGCACAAGAGAACAGCAGUGAGACAGCUUUUUAAAAUCAGCACCAUCUUAAAAACGUAUUUAAGUAAAGGCCCCACGUAAAAUUUGCCUGUGACUGACACAUUUUUGUCAAUCAUAUUAGACUGUAUAAUUAGUGUGUAUAGAAUGUUGUUUUUGGAGACAGUUAACGUUAAAAACUUAUUUUAACUACUUUAUAUGCAGUCGGGUAGUUUUUACCUCUUUUGGCCUCAAACUGUUAUUUAAAUCGAACCAUGUGAGAACUUUACAGGGGAAAAGUCUUUUUGGUGGAAAUGAUAACUCAAUAACAUCUGAAAUGUGACGAGAGGCCCCAACUUUACAACUAACCACUUAUUAUAUGGGGUCACAUGCUAAAAGGGAAAAAGACACGGCUGUUAUUACCACUAUGUUUACAACCCAUUUGCUCGCCUGUUGAUAUUUUAACUAUGUUUAUCUCACUGUCUUAUCUUUGUUACCUCCACAAAAACACAUUUUCUUUUGCUUCCAUGGUUUGAAGGACCAGGCAGUCUAAAUGUCACAGAGUGCAAAUAUAAUAUCCAUUUUGCGCAGUUCAUGUUGGUUAUUGUUAUUAAAGACUACCUGACAAACAUUCUUACAGUGCCUUUUAGUCCCAAGGCGUAGAAUUUACCCCCCACUUUUAGUAAAAGGCACUGGGAGAAUGUUUGUUGGCAUUUCUUUCAACUCCCCCCACAGGUGGUAUUAAACUCAGAACUUUCUUCUUUAACUGUUUGCAUAGACUUCUCUGAAUCAGACUUUUUGAUUUCCAAAUUCAUGGUCUCUUUGUCUUUGAUCCCGCCCUCUUGUUUUUCUCAAAGAAAGUUGGCAGGAAUGAUAAGUUGGAAGUGGACUGCGAAGGAAAGAAGGCAAACUGAAUGGGAGGAAAACCUUUGAGAGUUAAUGUAGUCCUUUAUCUUUUCUCUCUCUUUCAGUGUAAAACGCUCACUUUCUCUCCCUGGAUCACCUUAUACCAUUCUCAGGUUCAGCCUAUCAGCACCUUUUUGUGUAGAGCUCUUGUUACCCCACCCCACCCUUGGGAAGAUGGCAUUAUACUGUAUUUGGAAGGGUAACAGAGCUCCCUCUAUCUCCCUGAGACAUGCCACUGACCUGUAAUUAAGUCCCAUUGUACUAUUCAGAGGAAACUCCUCACCAAAACGGACAGAGGGCAAUGUGUGUGGAUUUCCAACAGCUCAGAUACGGCUGUGACUAAUGCUCCUCCACACAAGCUGGGUUUAUCGAAAUAGGCCACAUGCAGCACACAUGAAGGCUUGCAUUUUCCUUCUUCAGAGAACUCAAAGCUAUGUUGAUUGAUAAUGAGAUACAAUCCACACUGACCAUCUCUCAUUAGUGAGCUAUUGCUGGCCACCUCUGCCUGUGUUCUCGUCGCUAGCUCUCUCUCUUUCUCUGCCUCAGCCGAGUGCCCUCCCCUCUACCCCAACCCCAUCCCCACCAGUCAACCCCAUUGAUCAUGCAUGCAGAAAUUUAACACACCCCUUAAUUCCUGUCCAAAUAGCCACUGUCCCACUUCCAGGGCUUCAUCUUCUCAUCUGCAGAGCAUAGAGUGUGCAGGCAGGACACUGGCUGCAGCACUCAGUGAAACUGUGUUAGUGAGGACAAUCAUGAAUCUAAAUCUGUGCCCAAACAUCCUGGGUUACACACCCUGAGCUUGUGGUGUUGCUCUGAACAUGAUCGUGUUACAGGUAUGUGUGUAUUUCGGAGACAUAACCAGCGCCAUAAGUGUGUUGUACUGUCAGUAUGCUCAAACAUAUCCAGACUUUCCAAACUUUGCACCAAACUCUGAGCCUCGGGUAGGCCAGCAGCCAUUUUACACCCACCAUAAGUCAAAGCGGUUGUUGUCUUUGUGUUGCUCAGGCCAUUGAUUGGCCUAACUUUGGUUAGCAGGUCACAUGUUGAGUCAGUGUUGAGAAGAUUAGCUGGAGCUGGCUUUGCUACUAAUUAGAUACUUAAACCCCGGCAAUGAAUGAGCACACAGCACACAAACCUCCUGUUAUACACCACAUGGCAUAAGCCGGUUUGCAAUAUGGAAGGUGUAUUAAGACAGAGGGACACAUUGUUGGGGAUGAUGAUAGCUUCAAAGCAGAAAACUGAUACAAAUCAACACUGCAUCGACAUUCACUUAAAAUGACUUAGCAAAAAGCCUGUUGGUGAAUUGGAACAGUAAUGUUCAUGAAGUUAUAGAUCAGUUAUUAUCAGUAAUGAAUGAAGGUUGAAAAAUCCAACAAUAAAUAACAAACCAGAAGUUGUCAUUCGAGCACCUCAGACCCACUACAAGGGCCUGUGGGUAUAUAAGAGGUGAAGUAUGACUUUAUGUUGACUUCAUUUGAUUAACGCUUGCUACUGGAAUGGAGACUUGAUAAGUCAUUUCUUAACUAACUGUUGGCAACUAAUUGCGAAACUGAUUCACUCAGCCGGACUAACUUUUCAUGAGCGCUGUAAGCACAACACAUUUCAAGAUUACAACAUUUCCUGUUAUGGGUAGAGUAGUGUCUGUGAUGCUUUUUUUGGAUUGAAUUGAUAGCAUAUAAUAUUACUUUCCUGACAAUAUAAAUACAAGUUGCAUGUACAUGUUGUGUACAAGACCGUUUCAGCCUUUAUUACAAAUGCAGAUUAGUUCUUGUAACUGCAAACUGCCUGUUAACACUUUAUCCUAUUUACGAUGGAAAUUGCAUCAAGUUAAUCAAAAUCAGCCAGAAUAUGACAGGAAGUUAUGAGAUUCUGCCUUCAUAAGAAAAGCUCCAUGUUUGAAACUUAAGUACAAAGGCUUUAGUUAAGAACUAUGGAUAUCAUAAUCUGUUUUAAAUUACUUAUGGUUUAGAUUUGAUGAUGUUUUGUUAGCUUUUAUUUUACAUCAUAUAGCUGAUUUGCAAGUGAUGGGUUUCCUUUCAAUUCAGUAGCUCUCUAUGAAACAUGUCUCUGCCUUAUGAGUACGAUUUGUAUCAUUAUAAAAAGCUACGUUUUAAAUGACAAAAUAGCAUUAACAUAUUUUGUUAAUAUCAAAUAUUUAGAAAAAAACGUGUGUUUAAUGAUUUGAAUUAGAUGUAUUUAUUUUAACACUUUACAGUCUAACUCAGAGUAGGCCUCACGUAAAGCUGGCCAAAUCUCCAACUCCGACAUUAAAUUAAAUUAAAGUCUGGGCUUACCUCAUUCUUUAAACCCACCACAAAGACCGUCAAUGUAAGACAUUUUUAUAUUUAAGCCAUGCAUCUAGAGAGCAGGACUAAAGGUUCAUCCAAGGAAAGACUGGCUUACUAAUAGCAACUGAUCACUCAGAACAGAAAAUACAAAACAAGCAAUUAGUUUGAAGUCUAUUAUUCAGCUAUAUGGAGCAGUUUGUAUGCCUUGGUUGGAUAUCACAUUAUUUCAGUAAGCUACUUUCAGCUAAAGAGUGCUCAAGAGUGACAUUUAAUUUGUAUUAUUAUUUGAAAUAUAAUAAUACAAUGCAAUAAAGAGUCAAAUAGAAAAAACAUGGUGUGCAUGAAGGCUAUUCAUUUUAGCUGAUACCGUAUUGACUGUUACUUUUCACAAAUGAGUAAUCAAGUACAUUGUUUUUGCAUUUUUCUAAAAAAUACUUUGCAAGUAGGAUUACUCCACAUCACUGCUUCUGACAGCCCGAAACGUCACUUCUCUGUUAAUCACGGCACCGGGCUUUUAUUUUGGAAGGGUGCAGCGGAAGCGGCGCGGUUGUACGCUGCUGCCUUGACGCCGGGGCCGCGUGCCUCGGUGGUGGGAUGAGAGAGAGACAGCAGCCGGAUGACUGGAGGAGGAGGUGGAGUCUGUCCCAGCCUGCAUCUGGCUCGCUCGCCUCUCUGUCACCCCGGGCCAAACCUGCCCAGCUCCUCUCACUCAAUCUGUUCUCCAGCACGGCUCGGCUCGGACACACGCAGCUCUCACUCACAACACACAGCGAGGACCCGGAAUGGAGACGGAAGGGAGCCAGACCAGCCUGUCCACCACGGACUCCCCUCACGACCCCUGCAAAAUGUUCAUAGGUGGACUCAGCUGGCAAACAACACAAGAGGGUUUGAAGGAGUACUUCUGCAAGUACGGCGAGGUGAAGGAGUGUAUGGUGAUGCGAGAUCCGGUUACUAAGCGCUCGAGAGGGUUUGGAUUUGUCACCUUUGUUGAUCAGGCAGGCGUGGAUAAAGUUUUGGCCCAAACCAGGCACGAGUUGGACUCAAAAACAAUCGAUCCUAAGGUUGCGUUCCCUCGCAGAGCUCAGCCCAAGUUAGUGACUCGAACCAAGAAGAUCUUUGUGGGAGGCCUGUCUGUGAACACAACCAUCGAGGACGUGAAACAGUACUUUGACCAGUUUGGGAAGGUCGACGAUGCCAUGCUCAUGUUCGACAAGACCACCAACAGACACAGAGGGUUUGGCUUUGUGACAUUUGAGAACGAGGAUGUGGUGGAAAAAGUCUGCGAAAUCCACUUCCAUGAGAUCAACAACAAAAUGGUGGAGUGUAAGAAAGCUCAGCCCAAAGAGGUGAUGUCCCCCACAGGCUCAGCCAGGGGGCGCUCUCGUGUCAUGCCCUAUGGAAUGGACGCCUUCAUGCUGGGCAUUGGUAUGCUAGGUUAUCCAGGCUUCCAGACAGCCACCUACACCAGUCGGAGCUAUGCUGGCAUCACUCCUGGAUAUACCUACCAGUUCCCUGAGUUCCACUUAGAGAGGACUCCCCUUCUGACUUCACCCCACCCCCCUGAGCUCACAGCCAUUCCUCUGACAGCAUAUGGACCCAUGGCGGCGGCAGCAGCAGCAGCGGCAGUAGUUAGAGGCUCCAACCAGUCUCGCUCAGCUGGAUUUUUAGGUACGAGCAGCCCGGGGCCGAUGGCGGACCUUUAUGGGACAGCCGCUCAGGAGUCGGCUGUCAGCAGUUACCUCAGUGCUGCAAGCCCCUCCCCAAACACUGGAUUCAGCCACAGUUUGGGGGGCCCUUUGAUCGCCACGGCCUUCACCAACGGCUAUCACUGAGACUAGAUGUAGACUGAGAGCUGGAAGGAGUUGAAGCUGCUUUGGAGCUGAUCUGGCCGGUCUAUGUCCAGUCCCCCUCUCUGGCUGGGGCAGCGCAACCUUCUCCUCUCCACCUCUCCCCCCUGGUAUCAGCCUCGACCCAGCCCACCUUAUUGACGCCUCACUUAACUCCCCCUCCUGAGAAAAAAAUGAAGAGAACGUUCAUGAAAGGAGCAAACACGUUUAUGACUACAUGUAAUCGCAACACAUAAGAUGCUGUAUUUUUUUUUCUCUGUUGUUAUGUUUCACCAUGCUGUUUUUUUUGUGAUGGCUGCGUUGUUUCUUUAUCUGUUUUGGCUGUGUGUUAUUGGUUUAUUUGACCUCUGAACCUGAUCUUAUCUGAGAUAAGAGGAGAAAAAUCUCCAGGGGAAGACUGUUUGAAGGUCAGGAUCUGUAAUUUGUAUUGAAAAACUGUAUAUUUGUCACUAGUUCAUACUGAAUUUUAACAAAACAUUUGUGAUUAAUACUAUUUCUUGAAAAUGUGUCACAAAGUGUAUAUCUUGGUAGGUUUUUAACAAAAAAAUUGUUACACUAAUAAUGGUCAGAAGACAAAGGUCAUUAGUCACAGUUACGUAAUAGGCCUACAUGAGCUGUAAAAUUUUGUAAAAUAUUGUAAAUAUGACUGGUUUCUGGGGGGGGGGGGG